ACAAGGUCGUGACUGUGGGAUACAUUCUGCCGAGCAGCAGCAUUAUUUUUGUUCUGUGAACCCUCGUCUUGUUGGCUGCCCAUUGCUGCAGCUUUGCCUGUAUUCGGACUAGCUUUUCUACUUUUGGACUUGCGCCGCUUUUCUGUUACUUUCCGCUACCAACGCUUUGUUUGGCAGCAUAUCAAGAGGAUCAGGGGACCCAACAGGACGGUCUGACCGAAAGUGCUUCAGGAUGUCCGGAUCCUUGCACAAGCAGCAUCACAGCCACCAUGAGAGCAGCCACAAACAAACCAGCCAUUUGGAGAAGUCCGUGACUCAGAGUCACACCGUGAAGAGGAGCAUCCGCCGCACUGUGAAAGCCACUGCGGUAGCAGAAAAGGCAGAGGAAACUCUGACCACGCUAUCCAAGAAAGCCAAACGCAACUACCUGGCGGUUGACACCGACAGUCACGUCAUAGGAUAUGUGGUACCUGUCUUCAGAAGCAGUCACUUAGUGGCCAGAGACCUGGCAGAGGCCCAGGAGGAGGUCAAGGAGGAAGGGAUCGGCUAUGUGGUCAUGAAGAACCUCUUCUCCAAAGAAGAAGACUUUAAGAUGAAGGUGGAGACGAAGACCAGAAAGACGACCAUUAGGGAGUCUGCUGACCUCCUGACUUUGGGCAAAAAGAUUCAUGAGAAGCAGGAGUUCACGAAGAAGAUGAAUGCGGACAGCCUCACCCACCCCCCUGAGUUCAUGGUGAAGCCCAAGGGCCAGACCGUGUGGGAGGGGAAGAGCGUGACACUGCACUGCACCUUGGCCGGGUGGCCUAAACCACGCGUGGCCUGGUACAAGAACAAUGUUCCCAUCGACGCCAAGGCUCACCCUGACAAGUACACCGCAGAGAGCAAUUACAACAUGCACUCUCUGAAGAUUCAAAGCUGUGAUUUCAAUGACACUGCUGAGUAUCGUGUGUCAGGCCUUAACAUUAAGGGGGAGAGUUCCUCCUUCGCCCAUGUUGUUGUAAAAAGAUACCAAGAGGGCGAAAAGGUUGUUGCCAAACCACAUGGCUUCUCUGACGAGUUCGGAGUCACCUUCAGGACCACUAUCAUUGAUAAGUUUGCGGUGGCCUUUGGCCAUGAGGGCGAGACCCUGAGCCUGGGCUGCACUGUGAUCGUCUACCCAACCGUCAAGCGCUACACGCCUGAAGUGCUGUGGUACAGAGAUAGUGUUCUCCUGAAGCCCUCUAAAUGGGUGCACAUGCACUGGAGUGGAGAGAAGGCCACGCUGACCCUGGCCCACCUCAACAAGGAAGACGAGGGCCUCUACACCUUGCGUAUCAACACCAAGUCUGGCUUUGAGACCUACUCUUCUUACGUCUAUGUUAAAGAUGCUGAUGUGGAGGUGGAAGGUGCCCCUGUUGCUCCUCUGGAUGUGAGAUGCCACGAUGCCAAUAAAGACUACGUGGUGGUGACCUGGAAGCAGCCAGCCGUGGAGGGCAGUAGUCCUAUCGUGGGCUACUUCAUUGACAGGUGUGAGAUUGGCACAACCCAUUGGGCUCAGUGCAACGAGACUCCGGUGAAGUAUGCCCGCUUCCCAGUGACGGGCUUGGUGGAGGGCCGCUCCUACACCUUCAGGGUGCGCGCCAUCAGCAAGGCUGGCGCGAGCCGACCCUCACGCGUCUCUGACACCGUGGUUGCCAUGGAUCCCUCCGACCGCUCCCGUCAGAGAGCUGGUCCCUCCGCUCCCUGGACUGGGAUGAUCAAGUUCACUGAGGAGGAGCCCACAGGGGGAGUGGUCCCCGGUGAACCCACCCAUCUGGCGGUCAUUGAGGCCACCAAGAGCUACGUGGUGCUGAGCUGGAAGCCUCCAGCGCAGAGGGGUCAUGAGGGGGUCAUGUACUACAUCGAGAAGUGCGUUAGCGGUUCAGAUAACUGGCAAAGGGUGAACUCGGGCAUGCCGUCCAAGUCCCCACGCUUUGCCGUGUUUGACCUGGCAGAGGGCAAGUCCUACAACUUCCGCGUCCGCUGCUCCAACUCCGCUGGUGUCGGGGAGGCCUCCGCCCCUACCGAUGCCACCACUGUGGGAGACAAACUUGACCUCCCCUCAGCUCCAGGUGCCGUGGUGGCCAUUAGGAACACUGCCUCGUCUGUGGUGGUGAGCUGGGGCAAGAGCAAGGACGUGAAACACCUCGUGGGCUAUUACAUCGAGACCAGCGUGGAGGGCAGCAAUGUGUGGGUGCCCUGCAAUAACAAGCCAGUCAAGUGCACAAGGUUUGUCUGCCAUGGACUGAACACUGGGGACAAGCUGGUGUUCAGGGUUAAGGCAGUGAACGCUUCAGGAUACAGCACCCACUCUGCUCUCUCUGAGGCUGUUAUUGUGAAAGCCAGUGUUGCCAUCUCUGGGCCUCCCAGCGGCGUCAAGAUGGCGGAGCGCCUGCGCGACUACAUGGUGAUUAGCUGGCAGCCUCCAGCUAAGAGCGGCGGGGCAGACAUCGUGGGUUACUAUGUGGACUACAGGACAGUCAAGGGAGGCGUCACCGGCCAGUGGCAUGAGCUGAACACUCAGGCGGUCACUGGAACCUCAUAUAAAGCGGAGAACCUGAAGGAGAAUGUCUUUUAUCAAUUCCAAGUUCGUGCCGGCAACAUGGCAGGCGUUAGUGGAGCCUCCUUGCCCAGUGUGGGACUGGAGUGCAAAGAAUGGACCGUGGCAGUGCCAGGGCCUCCCUGUGGCCUCCAUGUGCUGGAGGUGCGUAAGACCUCCCUGGUGCUGCUGUGGGAACCCCCCACAUUCAACGGACGCAGUCCAAUCGACGGCUACUACGUGGACAUCAAAGAGGCCGCGGCUGAUGAUAACUCCUGGAAGUGUGUCCACGAUCGGUCCAUCAAGCUCAAGUACAAGAAGAUCACUGGUCUGAAGGCUGGUACAGCCUACCAUCUUCGCGUCAGUGCUCGAAACGUGGUUGGCGUUGGCAAGCCUACCAAGGGGCUCGGUCCUGUUGUUGCAGAGACACGCCCUGGCACCAACGAGAUCAUUAUGGAUGUGGAUGAUGACGGCGUUAUCUCUAUGAUCUUUGAGUGCUCUGCAAUGGGCGAGGGUUCAGAGUUCAUAUGGUCCAAGAACUACAAGGAGCUCACAGACACCUCUCGCCUCACCAUUGAGACGUCUGGGGGCAGGUCCAGGGCCAUCUUCAACAACGCAUCUGUGGAGGACCUGGCCAUCUACUCAUGCAAGGUCACCAACACGGAUGGCGUCUCAGCCAGCUACACACUCACUGAGGAGGUACUGAAGCGCCUGCUUGAUAUGAGCUUUGACCACAAAUUCCCCGUUAUACCCUUCAAGUCUGAGAUGGCUAUUGAGCUGCAGGAGAAGGGCAGGGUUCGCUUCUGGGCUCAAGUGGCUAAGUUUACAGAAAACUGCCAAGUGGAAUAUGUGUUCAAUGACACCACCGUCACCCAGGGAAAGAAAUACACGGUGAACUUUGACAAGAGCGCAGGCAUCAUUGAGAUGUACAUGGACUCGCUGGAGGUCACUGAUGAAGGAACCUACACCUUCGACCUGGUCGAUGGAAAAGCGAAGGGCCGCACCAGCCUUGUGUUGAUUGGAGAGGAAUUUGCUGUUCUACAGAAGAAGUCAGAGUUCGAGAGGGCAGAAUGGGUCAGAAGACAAGGCCCUCACUUUGUGGAGUAUCUUGGCUUCGAGGUGACCCCAGAAUGCAAUGUGCAUUUGAAAUGCAAGAUUGGAAACAUCAAAGCAGAGACCGAGAUCACCUGGUUUAAGGAUAGUCACGAGAUUCAGGAGGACGAUGAGGAGGCACAGAAAAUCAGCACUGAAGACGCGGUGCUGACCUUCGAUAUUGCCAAGAGUGUGUUUAAAAAAGACAGAGAGGAAAAAAAGAAACCCGCUGCUGAGGAUGCCCCCAAGAUGCCUAAAAUUUCAAAGAAGGAUGCUGGUACCUAUGAGGUCAAACUGAAGGAUGAGAGAGGAAAGGACCACAGCAAGUUCGAUCUGACAGGCGCAGGUUAUGAGGCGGUCAUGAACGAGGUGUUCAGAGUCAUCGCAAACUCCUCCACGGAAAUCAGUAUUAUGAGCACAGAACACGGCAUCAUACUUUACUCUUUCGUUGUGUAUCACACUGAGGAACUUCGUGUUGGCUGGCUGCUCAAAGAGUCUAAGAUCUCCCACUCGGAGAGAGUGCAGUGCGGUGUGACUGGGGAGCAGCUGUGGCUCAAGAUCAAUGAGCCCACAGAGAAAGACAAGGGGAAGUAUGCCAUGGACAUCUUUGACGGCCAGAGUGGCGUCAAGAGGGCCUUUGACCUGUCUGGACAAGCAUGGGAGGAUGCGUUCGAGGAGUUCAAAAGACUUAAGGCUGCAGCUAUUGCAGAAAGAAACCGCGCUCGUGUUGUUGGAGGUCUGCCAGAUGUGGUCACUAUCCAGGAGGGCAAGUCUCUUAACCUCACUGGUAAUGUAUGGGGAGAUCCGGCACCUGAGGUGACCUGGUUGAAGAACGACAGAGAGCUGGUGUCUGAUGAGCAUUACACUCUGAAGUUCGAGCACGGCAAGUUUGCCAGCAUCACCAUCGCAGCAGUGAACACAGCCGACUCUGGCAAAUACGCACUGCAGGUGAAGAACAAAUACGGCACAGAGGCAAUGCCGUUCACCGUCAGCGUCUACUUCCCAGAAGACGAGGCAGACAGGAAGAAGGUGGAAAAAAAGUAAUGCCAUUGAGAGUAAAAAUGGAAGGAGGGGCUAAGACAUGACCAAACUCUCAAAGUAUUCUAGCCCUCAGCAUGUCUUAAUAUAAUAAAGAAAUAAAGAAACCCACACUGAAGGAAUCUAUGUGGUGUUUAUGGGCAUGGUGAACUUUACACAUGGUCUCUAAUUCAGAGAUUCAACUGAAUUUGAAAUCAUGCCAUGACUAACUCAUAAAAUCUUGAGAUUUUGUGAAGUUAGAUUAUACAUCUAAAAUAGCCCAAUUGCAGCUGAUAAGACAUGCUCUAUGUUACAAUGCUUUGAGUGUUGCCCUCAUCUGAAGCAUACAUCAUUUGUAUCACCUGCAUUAGCUGUAUACAUUGUCUUAUGUGUAGUCUGUGUUGUUGUGCCCAACCAAGACACAGAGGAUAAAUUGGAUGAACACAGCAUCUCAAAAGGAAGAGGAAGAUAAGAAUGAUACAAGAUAGUUUCAUUAGCCCAAGCAGUCAAGUGUAUGAAAUUCGCUUCCUCCCUGUUUGUUCAAUCUACUAAUUUCCUCUUUGGUGGGGUUGUGUGUUUACUCUUACUUGCCUGUGUGCUUGUAUGUGUCGUCAGUGUUGUCUGCUUCUGAAUAUUGUUUGAUUCGGUUGGUGUAUCCUAAGGUAUUUGUGUUGAUCCCAAGUUAUCGCAGUGUAAUUCAUUCAAGGUAAAUGAACAGCUGUAAGCAAUCCAACCAUACAGUUCACACAGCAUGUUUCUCUUGGCACCCUUUUUCUUUCACUACUUUGAAGAGGUAGCCUACAGCUUUCAUAGAUCUCUGUGAACUGUGCUCUGAGUGUUGGCCUGUUACUUUCAUGGAAAGGUCAUAUGCUCAGUACACAUGAAAUGAGAUUAGUUCUCCUGUCGUAUCAGAACACUGGUGUGGGGAACACUUGCUACAUAACUGCUAGUUGCAAUGGGCUACAGAAAUGGGUUAACAUCAAUACGUUUAAAGCUGUUCUGUUAUGAUAUAGGAUGUACUGUACUAAUUAAACAUCCCAUGCUUCUUAGCCUCUCUG